UAAUUUUAAUUGAUAUCAACUGAAAAUGUAUAUUGUUAAGGACUACUUGUUCAUUUAUUUUUCUGGUAUAACAGAUUUGUAAGUUUUUAAGUUAAAUUUAAAGUUAAACACGAACAUUAGCUAACAAAAUGAAUAUACACGAUUACACAGGUUGUACAAUAUGUGAAAAAGGUAUCAUAAGGUGACGUAUACACGACGGUUGGAUUAAUAUAAUGAGGAAUCAUUGACAACAAACAUUUAUUUAUGAAAGAUAAAAUAACAGGUAUUUUUGUAAAACCGAUCUAUUGUCAUCUUAUACCACAGUUUUUAUUAUAAAAGAUUAAAUAUUAUGUGUAGAAUUUGAACCCAUAAUUUAAGUUGGUUUAACAGUCAAUCGUUAGGUUUGCAUGUAAUCACAUUAAGUGAACAAGUUUUACUAAAAAAUGGGUAAAAGAAAAAGUUGGGUGUGGGACUAUGCUAAGCGAGAAGGAGAUCGCGCCUUUUGUGAUUUAUGUGAUGACAAUCAAAACUAAUACUCCUGUGUCGGUGGAACUACUGGUUCUAUAAUGAGACAUUUGCAAAAUAUACAUCAAGUUAAACCACCAAAAGAAUCCACAGAAAAGAGGUCUAGUUUGGAAUCUAAACAUACAUCAAAUGUUUCCGAAGAAAUUAUAAGGUCAGGCAGUUCUGGAAGUUCUAUCAAUCAAGAUGAUGAUACAAUUCUUGUUAAUAACAAUAUUAAAUCUUCCUCAAGUUCAAAAUCUAGAAAACGUUGUCGUAUUUCUAAUAAAUGUGGGUCUGAUAGUGAUCGUGAAUGUAAUUAUGAAAAAACGGAAAAAAUUCACCAAGCACUAGCUUCAUUAAUUGCAAUGAAUCAGUUGCCUUUAUCAUUUUGCUCGAGUCCUGGGUUUUUUAAGUUCAUGGCUGUUGUGGAGCCCAAUUAUAAAAUAUGUAGUGAUCAAGCAAUGAAAAAAAGACUACAUGCAUUGAAAUCAAAUGUUGAGGACAAAAUAAAAAAUGAAUUGCAAAAUGUGAAAAGAGUAGUUUGCACCACUGAUGGUUGGUCUUCAAUGGCUCAAAACUCAUAUAUCUCUUUAACAGCUCACAUAAUUGAUAACCAGUGGCUAUCAAAGUCAUUUACUUUAGCCACAAAAGAGAUGACCGAACGUUAUACAGCAGUAAAUCUUGCGGAAAAAUUAAUAUGUAUAUUUGACGAUUGGGAAAUUAAUGGUAAAGUAACUACUGUAAUUACAGAUAACGCAAAAAACAUAGUAAAUGCUGUACAGUUAUUACCUAUUACAAUAGACAAUGAAAACAUGGAUGUGACAUGUGCAGCUCAUAAUUUGCAAUUAGCUAUUAAUAUUGUAUUAAAACAAGAAAUAUUUUCGGAAAAACAGUGUACUAAUUUAGUUGGACAUUUUAAACACUCGAAUGUAGCCAAACAGUCAUUACUAAACAAACAAGAACAGCUAGGACUUCCGCACCAAUCAUUAGUGCAAUGUUGUAAGACACGAUGGAACUCAAUAUAUUUAAUGUUAGACCGUCUUUCAAAAAACAGGAGUCCAAUUUCAAAUGUUUUGGCAGACAGAGCAAUCACAUCUUUAUUCAUUGCACAAAAAUUAGAAAUAACUGAAUCUCAAUGGUUAAGAAUAGAAAAUCUUGUAAAUCUCCUCAAACCAUUAUAUGUUAUUACAAAUUUAUUUUGCUCCGAGAACUAUUCUCCAGUGUCAAUGGUAAGACCAUUACUAUCAAAAUUAUUGGAUCACCAUUUAAAGCAUUAUGAAACUGAUGAUCAAUAUAUCACUGAAUUUAAAUCUACAAUAAUAUUUGAAAUUAAAGAACGAUUCAAACUUGACUGUAGUGAAACGAAUUCUGUCUCUGUCCGACAAAUUGCAUCUUUUCUAGAUCCUCGUUAUAAAGAAUUAGAGUUUGAACCAAUUGCUACGAGAGAAAAAAUUCGUAAGGCUGUAAAGAGUUUGCUAGAAAAAUUUAACAGUAGCAUGCAAAACAUUGAAUUCAAUAUGGAACAAAAUCCACUAGCUCAAAGCAGCGAUCUUCAAUUUUUAUAUGGAAAUACAAUAAUUAAAAACGAUAAUUUAACGACUCAGUUUCAAAUUUAUACAGCGGAACCUCAAUUACGUUUUGAUUUAAAUCCAUAUGAGUGGUGGAAAUCAAGGGAAAUCAAAUACCCAAAUCUUGCAGCAUUAGCCAAGGAAUAUCUCGCUAUUCCUGCCACAUCAGUAAGCUCUGAGAGAUGCUUUUCUACUGCUGGAAAUAUAGUAACUUCAAAAAGGACUUGUUUGUUGGCAAAAAAUGUAAAUAUGCUGACAUUUUUGUACCAAAAUAGAAAAUUAUUAGUUUAA